AUGGCGUGGUUGUCGAACCCCUUCGCUUUCACUCGCUGGCCCGUCACCAUCCUCACCAGCAUCCUUUACCUCGCUGUGCUCAUUCCUCUCCUCAUCGUACACACCGGUGUUCCUUCUCCUCCUAAAUCAGAAACUCCCAUCCAUGGCAUAAAUCUCACUGAGGCAUGGCUCGACCUCCAGCUGCUCACCUCCUCCUACCACCCGUACAAUAGUCGUCGUAAUGACGAAGUCCAUGCGUGGCUGCUUCAGCGGAUCAAUUCUCUUCUAGAAGAAAAUACCGGUGCUUCUCUGCUCCCUACAGAAACUGUUUCUAAGGCAUACGUCUUCGACGACACUGUCUCCAAUUCGACCUUCUCCUCGCCCGGGAUCUCACCUUCGUCGGGGAUCAGCGUUUAUUUCGAGGGUACCAACCUAAUCGUCUACAUCCCGGGCAUUGACGAUGAUGCAACGACUUGGUGGCUGGAUCCUAAUGGAAAACCGUCUAAGCGGAAUGCUGUGUUGGUCAACGCUCAUUAUGACAGCGUCUCCACCGGCUUCGGCUCGACCGAUGACGGCGUCGGCGUGGUCUGCAUUUUGCAGCUUGUGAAAUAUUUCAGUACUCCGGGCAACAAACCACAGAAUGGCGUGGUGCUCCUUCUAAACAAUGGUGAAGAGGAUUUCUUGAACGGAGCCAACGUGUUCGGCCAACACCCCAUGUCCAAGGUCGUGAGCACGUUUCUAAACCUCGAAGGUGCCGGAGCAGGUGGUCGGGCGGCGCUGUUCAGAAGCACAGAUGAGGCCGUAACGAAGGCUUAUGCCCAUUCAAAGUAUCCUUUCGGAUCCUCGGUCUCCGCCGAUGGCUUCAAUCGAGGUCUUGUUCGCAGCCAGACAGAUUAUGUCAUAUUCAAUGGCAAGCUGGGCUACCGCGGACUGGAUGUUGCUUUCAUCGGUCCAAGAGCCCGCUACCAUACUGAUCAGGAUGACUCGCGGCACACUGGCAAGGCCUCUUUGUGGCACAUGCUUUCCGGAGCCGUCGCUACGUCUCGGGCGUUGACUUCUGCCUCAUUGACGACAAAUUUAGAGCCCGGGCACACACCAGGGAGUCCUUCUCUGUGGUUUGAUUUAUUCGGUCGAACGUUUGCCAUCCUCAAGGCCCACACUUUCUUCGCCCUCUCUGUCACUCUUCUGGUCGUUGGACCUAUUCUACUACUUCUCACACUGGCAUUGCUAUACCGUGUGGACAAAUUCUAUCUCUGGUCGGGAUCCCGGCCGUAUCACAUGCCCAACGGCGACGACGAGAUCCGGCUCUAUGGCUGGCGUGGAUUCUUUCGGUUUCCCUUGAUACUUUUGGCCGCUUGUGCCACCCCUAUCGCCCUCGCUUUUCUCCAAGUCAAAGAAAACCAACAUAUUGCGCAUAGUAGUGAGUGGGCAGUGUGGAGCAUGAUGAUUUCGUCGUUUGUCUUCGUCGCAUGGUUCUUCUGCCGCGCCGCUGACUUUAGUCGGCCUUCGUCCCUUACCCGCGCGUACGGUUUCUCAUGGAUAUGGGCUGGCUGGUGGACCUUCUUGGUCGUUGCAACGGUGUUUGAAGAGCAUUUCCACCUGCUUGGCACCUAUUUCGUCCUCAUCUAUGCGGCCACGGUCUGGUUCGCGACCUGGCUAUCCUAUCUUGAACUCUUUUCCCUUCCCAAGAAAUCAGUUUACUGCCGGGGGAAGUUCGGAGAAGACCACGCGUCAUCUAGGUCACGAAGCACCUCCAGGCCACCACAUGCAUCUGCUUCUGGGCAGGAAGACAAUGCCGAACAAUCCGAAAAUGAAGAAGAUGAACCUACGGAAAGGUCCAGCCUGCUACGAAGUCGAGGACGCUCCACAUUCAAGGGGUACCAUCCAGAGUCCGAUGAACCAAGCCCUGCCGCCCCAGUCAAAGAUGACCAGGGUGACACUUACGAAGAGCAGGAAUGGAGUCAGUCACAGUGGACCUGGCUGUGGGUGCUACAAGUAAUCGUCCUGGUCCCUAUUAACCUCAUCCUCGUGGGACAGCUGGCGCUUCUCACGACCGAGGCCCUUCAUCAAACAGGUCAAGACGGCAGCUCCACGUUCUUGGUGUAUAUUAUGAUUGCUGUUUGUACGAUCCUGCUUUUCAGCCCUGUGGUCCCAAUUCUGCAUCGGUUCACAUGGCACGUACCGAUAUUCCUGCUUCUGGUCUUGGCUGCCACCAUGAUCUACAACUUGACAGCCUUCCCAUUCUCACCGGGCAAUCGAUUGAAACUCUUCUUUCAGCAGCAGAUCGACCUCGAUGCCGGCAACAACUCGGUAUCACUACAGGGUGUCCCACCCUAUGUUCGCCACGCAAUUGCCAACCUCCCUAGUUCCACAGGGCAGGAGCUUGCUUGCAUCAAGACUGGGCCGUCAGACAACCUAGAGAAAUGCUCUUGGUCUGGUAUAGCGCCCAAUGUCGUCAACCCGCCGAAAUCGCUACUGGAGAAGCAAUAUAAAAGUUGGCUGAAUUUCAACGUCACCAGAGUCAACGUUAGUGAUAGUGACAACAGAGCACGCUUCAUUCUCUACGGCAGGAAUACAAGAUCAUGCAAAAUCACCUUUGAUCAACCUAUCAGUGCGUUUCAAGUGGAAGGGCAGGCACCAAGAGAUAAACGGUUCACUCCUGUCCCUGAAGGGGGAAGUCAGGAGAUCCGUCUUUGGUCGAGGACUUGGGACCGUGCCUGGACAGUUGACGUGUCCUGGGACAAUCCCAGUGCGGAUGACGAUAGCAAGAGCAAAGCCUCGACUACCCCGUUGCAGGGUAAGGUUGUGUGCUCUUGGAGUGAUGCGAAUCAAGUCGGAGUGAUCCCUGCCUUCGACGAAGCCAAACAUUAUGUGCCCAGCUGGGUGGCGAUCACGAAAGCCGGUGAUGGGUUGGUUGAGGGAUACAAGAAGUUCCAGGUUUGA